AGUUGGAUUUUAUAAAUCAUAUUGUUUGCCUAAGCAGGUUGUUAAUAAAGACAUUGUGUACUGCAGUUGUUGACAGUUGUAGACAAGUAUUCUGAAUCAUUUUCUUUGUUGUUACAAACAAUCAGAAUACACGAUAAACUGGGGGUUUUGGGGAGUUUUUUUGGGGACGAAACAGGUUUAAGGGUCAUUGCGUUUAAAUGAUGAUAUUGUUUGAACGGAUUGAGCAAUUUUAGUAUUUUUUUCUUCUAAAACUAGCUUAUGAAAUUGGUUUUCCAGUAGUUAUCAUGUUUGGUGCUACAUAUUUUUUUUUUAAAUACGAAAUAUAUUUUGGGGCUUUUGGUUCCGCUUUUUGUUUUCGACUCGCCCUGUAUAACGCCAAUGGUUCGAGUCCCCAAUGGGGUAUUAAGUUUUGUCAAUGUUUGUGUAAAUCACUCGCCAACAUUUAAGCUUUAGGAGCGAACAAUUUCUUAGCCUAAACCUUCAUUUGUUUUCGAUUAUGAGCAUCGAGGACACUUUCGAUUUUUUUUUAAACCGAUGGAGCCCGUUGAUGUAAUAAGGAUAUACAAUGCUUCCAAACUGUACCUGCUUAAAUGCUGGGCUAGAUUUUUCCAGAGAAAGAGAUUUCAAUUCGUAUAUUAAAAAAAGAAAAAAAAAUUGAAUUAGUAAGGCCUAUUGUCAAUUAUUUGCUUGAUAUUAUUGCCAUUGUGAACUGCCUAAUUACAUUGGGGGCAAUUAGAGUAUUCUGCAAGUACUAAUUUACCCACUACCUUGUAAAUUAAGUGUAUUAUUAAGAAAAUGUCAUCUCAUUGUUAUAAAUUCGUUCAAAUGAAAUGUUGGGUAAAAACAAAUCAAUACUCUGAUUAGAACCUCUUUUGUGUGAGCCAAAUACUUUGGGUUUUAAUGAAAUGACAGAGGGUGCAAUGUAGGUCUACUUUUAAGCUAUAUUGCUGGUUAUUGAUUUUGGCUCUUAUAAUUAACGACCAUCGCUCGGACUAUAUUCAGCUCGAGUCUUGGUUUAGGUAGAACGUUCCUGAAGGCCACGUUAUCAUUACUGCAUUUGCUCCAUCAUCGGGUGGUCAUUAUGUGAAGCACGGACCAUUUUGGUCCGUGUGUGAAGCAAGGCUAGCAGGUUUCUUGCGUGAUAUUUUUCAUCAGGCCACUGAAGUCACGAACAUGCCUAAUUCGAUGAACAGUAAGCUGGGACUUGUGAUUGUGAUGAUUGUUGCUAGCAAAAUACGUUGUGGAAACGCGAUCAGUUGCUAUGUGUGUGAUUCUAACAACAACGACUGCAAUCCCGGGACUGCAACAACAUGCGGCAGUGGUCAGAUCUGCAUGAAUGAGGUCCGAGACGAAAAUAGUUUAUUCAUCGUCAGAAAGGUGUGCAAGGAAAUAGACGCUUGCCACACCCAAGAAAAUCAAAACCCGUCUCAAUGUCACCGCGGGGAAAAUGUCAACUCGGUCUGUUACUACUGCUGCGACACUAACCUCUGUAACAGCGGUGACUACCUGGAUGUCACAACGGUCGCCGCCUCAACGACACAUGGCACGACACAGUCACUGCCAGACCCUACGACACUGCCCGUGACAACAGCACCACCAGACCCCACGACACUGCCCGUGACAACAGCACCACCAGACCCCACGAAACAAGCCAUGACAGCAGCACCAAUAGACCCCACUCCCAGCGCGCAUUUUUCAGCCGUGGAUCAGGAUACUACUACUACACACGUGGCUCAAUCUACUAGUACCGUGACUCCAAGUCAAGCGUCAAGCUGCAGUUCAGAUUGGAGGUCCCAGAGCUCAUACUUCGUCGUGACUGACUUACAUCACACCAUUCAUUCGUCUGAGAUGAUCAUUAAGACUCCAGCACGUAGUCGUCUCGCUUGCUCCUUGAUGUGCAUCCAUCAAAGUGGUUGUGGCUUUUUUGCCUUCAAUGGUGAGACGCUAGCCUGUUCACUUGGCGGAGGGAUAUAUGAAUCAUCCAAAGUACAGGCCCAGGAUGGUAGCACUGUGUUCCAGAGACUCUAAUUAUUAAUUUAUUAAUUAAUUACACAGACUUAUAUAGGCAGACUUAAGGCCGCGCGCCCGCGGUCGGGGAAAGGAUGUUCCAGGGGAUUGAAAGACCCACCCUAAAUUUGACCUAGAAGGAGUUCUUUUAGCUGUCCAGUUUAAUCUGAAUAAUCUUAAUAGCCCUUUCAAACCUUAACUUUCGAAACAAAAAAAAUUAAAAAGCGAGGACUUAUUAACUGACAAAUUUUUUCAGUCAAUGCUGUGAACACACGUGUAGAUUUCUAGCAUGCAGUUGUCGAAUUGAUUUUAAGCUGAAUUGAUUGAGCUACGCGUAUUACAAACUGACAAGAAAAAUAUAAUUUGGUCACUGGUUUGGGGCUGUAUAUUAAUUUUAAUAAUUAGAUCCUUUUUCAGAAUGCAACGAGACUUCUGGAGUGUUGAUUGAUGUUUCGGCGAAUUGACAUCCAUUUAUUAGAGUGUCAACAUGCUGUAACUUUGCUAGUGUCACUCGUUCACCGCACACACUACUUAUGCCGCCAUGUUUGUUUCUUUGUUUGUUAGUGUUAUAUACCUCGCUUUGAUUUUCAAGAUGGCGUACCUCGAUAAAGGUCCAUUGACCCUUUCUUAUGAAUAAACAUAAUGUUCCCGUCGAAA